AUGGCUCAAAGAAAAGCUCAUAAGGUUGAGGAUAGAGAGAGGACAGAUGAUAUUCAUAUAGAAGAAAGUGUGGACUUUAAUGGUAUGUACUUAUCAGACCAUGUACAGCAGGGAUUAAAAUCUUCAGGUUUUGAACGGCCAAGUCCUAUCCAAUUGGCUGCCAUUCCUCUUGGCCGAUGUGGGCUGGACUUGGUGGUACAAGCAAAGAGUGGUACUGGCAAAACAUGUGUUUUUACUGUCAUUGCAUUGGAAAUGAUAAGUGUAUCUGCUCCAACAACCCAAGUUCUUGUUAUUGCACCAACUCGUGAAAUAGCUGUGCAGAUAACUCAAGUGAUCAAUGCAAUUGGUAGUACUAUGCCGAGACUAAGAGCCUUCACCUUUAUUGGUGGGAUUCAUUUGUCCGAAGACAAAGCUAAACUUAACUGCUGUCACAUAGCAGUAGGAACCCCAGGGCGCCUAACUCAACUUGUUGAACUAGGACUUCUUAAAGUAGAUAAUAUAAGACUGUUUGUUUUGGAUGAAGCUGAUCAGCUUCUCACUGGUCAGUUUACAGAAAGUGUAGUUCACUUGGCUUCUGCCUUGCCACUAAAUAAACAAAUAAUAGCACUUAGUGCAACAUACACUGAAGAUGUUGCUAAAGUUGCAGAAGGACUUAUGCGAUCACCAAACCAUGUUCGACUUGGGAGAGAGUCGCCUGCCCUUCUUGGUGUUAAUCAAUUUGUGAGAUUACUUCCAUAUCAUCAUCAACCAUACCGUAGGCAACAGAUCAAAUUUACGGAACUUAUGGCUCUUCUUGCCACAGUAACAUUUAAUCAGUGUCUUGUAUUCUCAAGCUCUCAGUUGCGUGCUGAAUCCAUUUGCAAUGCAUUAAAAGCAUCAGGAUGGCCAGUUUCUUAUCUGACUGGUGGUCAGACACAGAGUGAUCGUUUACAGGCACUGGAAGCACUGUGUUCAUAUAAGUGCAGAGUCCUAGUAUCAACUGAUCUCUCUGCCCGUGGUUUGGAUUCUGAACAUGUUAAUCUCGUUGUCAAUCUUGACAUGCCACGAGAUCAUGCAACAUAUCUUCACCGUAUAGGACGUGCAGGCCGUUUUGGUUCACGAGGUGGUGCCAUUACACUUGUCACAGAAGGAGAGGAAUGGCAGGCUAUGAGGGCUAUUGCAUCUCUGGCAAAUGUUCGUGUAUAUCUUCUACAAGACGGCUGGAAGUCCAGCAUUGCCAAUAAUGAUACUAAAAGUAUGGAGGAAUUGGAAUUCUUAUCUGAUGAUGAACUGCAGCUAUGGCUAAAGAACAAUUCUUCCCAGGUGUAUGGAAGCAAAAGUAAUGAUAAAACUAAGGAAGCAGUGGAGAAGGAAAGUAAAGGUAAUGGAAAAGCUGCUAAAUUAAGAGAAAAGACCACCAUCAAAGAUACAAAUGAAUCAUUAGAGGAUUCUGGUAAAGAAAACAGAGGGGAUAAUACAAACUCCAAACAGAAUUCUUGCAAUUCAAAGAACUUUAACAAGUCAAAAGAAGUUAACAACACAAACAGUAAGGUCACAAUGACUGACAAGAAAAAUAGGAAUAGGCAAACUAAAGAUCAACAAGAUCAACAUAGAGAGAUUGAAAACAAGAGAAAAGCGACAGUGGCUAGAAAAAGGGAAGCGGCAGCAGCUCGAAUUAAAGAAGAAAAUUACCACAGGGUUUUAACUCUGUUAGAGGGGAUCAAUAAUCAACACACUUCAGUGAGUAUAUCCUAUUCAAAUAUAGAAUCACAAUGCUUAGGAGAGUAUGACAGUAUUUCAGCUGUUGAUAAUCCAAACAUACAAGUACCAUCUUUGCCAUUUACUCUAAACUCAACUAAAACUGAUUUUGAGGCACUUGAUGAUUACUCGAAGACUGUUCAAGAAGAACACGAACAGAAAGUAAUUUGUGUUGAUGAAAUGUGGGUAGAUAGUGGAACUGUCAUUCAUGAAGGUUUGGAUGCAUUAAUUGAAGGAAACGAUGCUCUGACAGUUUUAAACAAAGAUAAAGAAGGAACAUGUAGAAUGACAAAUGAACAAACAUCGGUAUCAUUGGCUCAAGAAAAUGGCUUCUUUUAUGGAGACGCUUGUGAAAAUCCCAUUAGCAAUGAUGUAACAGCAAUAAAUGUGCCAAUGAAUGUCCAUGAAAGUGAAGGCAAACAUACAAUCAAUGAAGUACAAAAAUCAUCAAAGCCAUGUCAUUCAACUGUGAUAUCAGGUAGUGAUGCCACUGAUUAUUCUAAUCCUAAAAAUAGGAGAGAAAAAAUACCUUCAAAAUCAAAGGGUUUGAGACAAAAUGGGCAUACCAGACGUAAUGAAAAAGAAGUAAAUAUGUACAAGUAUCAUGACACCAGCAACAUGCAACAUAGGGAAACAAGACAUAGUAAGAAUUGGGCAUCAUUUGCUGUCCCAGACAAGAGUCAGGUGCACACUUCAAGUGACUAUGAUAAUAAACACUGGGGUCAUUGGCAUGGUGGAACUCGGUCAGUACACGACUCUUAUAAAACCCAGAAAUGCCAUAAUAGCAGCAAUACCCCUAAGCAGUAUAAUCAUUCUCAUUUAAACAAAAACUCUGGUAAUCCACAAUUUAGAACUUGUGGAAAUUGCAAAUCAUUUGAAAACAGUCACCUGCCUCGACUAGAUAGUGACAAUUAUUGCAAUAACUAUGCAAAUUAUUCACAGGAUUACUCUUCUUCUGCUUACUGGAAGGAAAGAGCCUAUAUAGAAAGUGCCCAUAAAUUUGCAUCCAUGUUGGAUUAUGUUCAGACUAUGGGAAGAAUGAGUGCAUGGAUGGCCCAAGACUUUCACAAACGUAAUAAGGAAAGUGAGAGUUAGAGAACAAGAUUGUGAAUGUGUUUGUAAUUAAAGCAGAAAAAUAGGCAAGAAGUUUUGAUUAUAUUAAACACUGUAUAAAAUUUUCAUUAUGGUUAAAGAAUUAUGGAAACAAUAUCUGUUGCUUAAGUUUACACACACUCUUUUUUACUUUCGUUGUAAAUUUAAAAAUCUAUUUUAAUACUGUAUUUGUUUUAGGUGAAAUUGCCAUUUAAUACAAUUUCUUGAACUUUGAUAGUGUUAAUUAAACAUAACAAAUU